CACGCCAGAAACUAAUCCAGAUAGCUAGCCUUUGAUUUCUCACUUCAAUCUGACGAAGUGCACACCUAGGCAACAAACUCGAACGCGCGCGGUAGUGGAGCCGAGAUGCAGGGAGGGGCGACGGCCAAGCAGCAGGCGCGAGACGGUGACCGCGGCGCGGCGAAGACGCCGACGACGGAGGGGAAGGGCGACGCCGCCGGCGCCAAGGCUAGCGCCGACGUGGCGAAGGGCGACGCCGCCGUCGCCAAGGCUGCUGGGGACGACGUCGUCGUAGGGAAGGGCGACGCAGGCAACAAGGCCGGCGCCGGGGCCAUGCACCACGGCCUGUCGGCCGUGGAGGCGAAGGACUCCCAGACCAUCGUCGCGCUGCAGUCGCCGGUGACCGUCAUGCGCCCCGUCCGCGGCGACCUCGAGGAGCACCUCCCCAAGCCAUAUCUGGCGCGAGCCCUGGUGGCGCCGGACAUCUACCACCCCGACGGCACCGCGGCCGACGAGCACGGCCACCACCACAUGAGCGUGUUGCAGCAGCACGUCGCCUUCUUCGACCGCGACGACAACGGCAUCAUCUACCCUUGGGAGACGUACUCCGGAUGCCGUGCGCUUGGGUUCAACAUGAUCCUGUCUCUCUUGAUCGCUCUUGUCGUGAACGGGACCAUGAGCUAUGCCACGCUGCCUGGGUGGCUGCCGUCCCCUCUGUUCCCGAUCUACGUCCACAACAUCCACAAGAGCAAGCAUGGCAGUGACUCUGGGACCUACGACAACGAGGGCAGGUUCAUGCCAGUGAACUUCGAGAACCUGUUCAGCAAGUACGCGCGCACUUCCCCGGACAGGCUCACCUACAGGGAGCUCUGGUCGAUGACGGAGGGGUUCCGCGACGCCUUCGACCUCUACGGCUGGAUUGCGGCGAAGCUGGAGUGGACGAUCCUGUACGUGCUGGCGCGGGACGACGAGGGGUACCUGUCGCGGGAGGCCAUGCGGCGCGUGUACGACGGCAGCCUCUUCGAGUACGUGGAGAGGCAGCGCGCGCAGCACGCCAAGAUGUCCUAGCUAGAGGGAAGAGGAUGCGACGUGGGCACGUGGCCUCGAUCGCGCGUGAAUGAAAUGGAAGCCAAGUGAACCUGUCUCGGCUGGUAUGUAGAUAGUGAGAAGGGUGUCGGCCGGAAAACAAGCAGCCGUGUGUACUACUCCCUCAGCUCCCAUCAAUAACGCAGAGUUCGCCGGACCGGCACCUCCCCAUCUUUGCUACUUCAACCUGGUUUUUCGCGCGGUUUAUGUGGCUGUCUGAAGCGAGACAUGAAUUUGCGUAUUGUUUAAUUUUACAAAACUACUGAAAUGAACAAAAUUGGCCUAUU